CGCGAGACGAACCUCCUCCGCCUACACGAAUCGUUCCCACGCCACAACAGCCUGCAACUCGUGUCUGCUGCUAAUUACCUCAGCUAGGGGUCCUGGGGAGAUCUGGCAGGUGAAGAGAUGGCUACAUUACGCUUUGGGCAGCACAUUAUUAAAGCAUCGGCUGUGUUUCUGCAAACAGACCUGUCCUUCGCUCUGGUCAAUCGGAAGCCCGUGGUCCCUGGCCAUGUUUUAGUGUGUCCUAUAAGACCGGUUGAGCGCUUCCGUGACCUGCGGCCUGACGAACUGGCGGAUUUGUUCAGCACCACGCAGAAAGUGGCCAACGCUGUGGAGAAUUACUUCAGUGCCUCCUCUUUGACCAUCGCCAUCCAGGACGGACCCGAGGCUGGACAGACGGUGAAGCAUGUGCACGUCCACGUGCUGCCGAGGAAGCCUGGAGACUUUGACAGGAACGACAGCAUCUACGAUGAGCUCCAGAAGCACGACCGUGAAAGCAAAGAUGACGCAGCCAAAUGGAGAUCAGAGGAGGAGAUGGCUAAAGAAGCGACGGAGCUGAGAGGUCUCUUCUGUUAGUUUCUUUUGGUUUAAAAAGAAAAAAAAAAACAUCUGCAUAAUAUUAACACUGUCCAAUUAGUAUUUUUUAUGAAAGCAAUUACAUUAAUGCAUUGAUUCUCUGGAACGUGUGUGUUCAUGAUGCAAAGAAAAAAAUGCUAUUUUUUUUUCUCAUUUUGGAGUGGUUUGUCUUUAAUUAAUGAUAGAGCUUUGGCUGAAUAAAAAGUGUCUUAUUUUGUUGUG